UUACUAGGUUCUUUGAGCCUGCCUCUCUUCUAGGGUUUUCUGUCUCCGCUAAAUCUUCUCUAGAAAGCUGCCUACAAAACUAGAAAAUUAACGUCUAGAAACAGAAGGUUCAAUUUCAAUUUGAAAAAUUAUAAAAAUUAAGCACAGGAAAAGUUGUAGCUCUCUGGAAAAGUAAUAUAUACGGAUUCCAAGUUACUAGAGGAUCCAACUGUUAGGAUUUUGUGAGGUGUGUGGAAUUAGGGUUUUGCUGUGAAGAUGUACGGUGAAGACGAGUACGAUCCAACGGUGGUUGAGGAGGAGGAGGAUGAUGAUGAGGAGAUCACUCAGGAAGAUGCCUGGGCGGUGAUCAGUGCCUACUUUGAAGAGAAGGGUCUGGUGAGGCAACAGCUUGAUUCGUUCGACGAGUUCAUUCAGAAUACGAUGCAAGAAAUCGUGGACGAGUCGGCCGAUAUCGAGAUUCGCCCUGAAUCGCAGCACAAUCCCGGUCGGCAGUCCGAUUUCCUUGAGACUAUCUAUAAGAUAAGUUUUGGUCAGAUAUACCUGAGUAAGCCAAUGAUGACAGAAUCCGAUGGAGAAACUGCUACUUUAUUUCCGAAAGCUGCCAGGUUAAGGAACUUGACCUACUCAGCUCCAUUGUAUGUCGAUGUUACAAAGAGGAUUAUAAAGAAAGGGCAUGACCUUGAAGAGGUCACUGAAACUCAGGAGUUCACCAAAGUUUUCAUUGGGAAGGUUCCAAUUAUGCUUCGAUCUAGUUAUUGCACAGUGUACCAGAACUCAGAGAAAGAUUUAACUGAACUUGGAGAGUGUCCUUAUGAUCAAGGUGGGUACUUCAUUAUUAAUGGGAGUGAAAAGGUUCUGAUUGCUCAAGAGAAGAUGAGCACCAAUCAUGUGUACGUGUUUAAGAAGAGGCAGCCUAACAAAUAUGCUUAUGUGGCUGAGGUUCGGUCUAUGGCGGAAUCCCAAAACAGGCCACCGAGUAGCAUGUUUGUCCGGAUGCUUUCAAGGACUAGUGCCAAAGGGGGAUCUUCAGGGCAAUAUAUCCGUGCUACCCUUCCAUAUAUACGGACAGAAAUCCCAAUAAUCAUUGUGUUUCGAGCAUUAGGAUUUGUGGCCGACAAAGAUAUAUUAGAGCACAUAUGCUAUGAUUUUUCUGAUACUCAAAUGAUGGAGUUACUUCGCCCGUCCUUAGAAGAGGCAUUUGUUAUUCAAAAUCAACAGGUUGCAUUGGACUACAUUGGUAAAAGAGGAUCCACUGUGGGUGUCACGAGGGAAAAGAGGAUCAAGUAUGCCAAAGAGAUCCUUCAAAAGGAAAUGCUUCCGCAUGUCGGUGUGGGGGAAUACUGUGAGACUAAGAAAGCUUACUAUUUUGGAUACAUCAUUCAUCGGCUUUUACUUUGUGCACUUGGCCGAAGGCCGGAAGAUGAUAGGGAUCACUAUGGGAACAAGAGGCUGGACCUUGCUGGUCCUUUACUUGGAGGCCUUUUUCGAAUGUUAUUCAGAAAGUUAACCAGGGAUGUGAGAGCUUAUGUUCAGAAGUGUGUGGAUAAUGGAAAAGAUGUUAACUUACAAUUUGCAAUUAAAGCAAAAACAAUUACUAGUGGUCUCAAGUACUCUCUUGCUACUGGGAACUGGGGGCAAGCAAAUGCAGCUGGUACUAGAGCAGGAGUAUCACAGGUUUUGAAUCGUUUAACCUAUGCUUCCACUCUGUCGCACUUACGAAGGUUAAACUCACCCAUCGGUCGUGAAGGAAAAUUGGCAAAACCACGACAGUUGCACAAUUCGCACUGGGGAAUGAUGUGUCCUGCAGAAACACCUGAAGGACAAGCAUGUGGACUAGUGAAGAAUCUUGCAUUAAUGGUGUACAUAACAGUAGGAUCUGCAGCAAAUCCUAUUUUGGAGUUUUUGGAGGAGUGGAGUACUGAAAAUUUUGAGGAAAUAUCUCCUGCAGUUAUUCCUCAGUCAACCAAAAUUUUUGUGAACGGUUGCUGGGUUGGCAUUCAUCGUAACCCUGAUCUGUUGGUGAAGACUUUGAGACAGUUGAGGAGGCAGGUUGAUGUGAACACUGAAGUUGGAGUUAUUCGUGAUAUCCGUUUGAAGGAACUCCGUCUUUACACAGACUAUGGACGCUGCAGUAGGCCAUUGUUUAUUGUGGAGAAACAAAGACUGCUAAUAAAGAAGAGAGAUAUCCGAGCCUUACAGCUUAGAGAAUCCCCUGAGGAUGGUGGAUGGCAUGAUCUUGUGUCAAAAGGAUUCAUAGAGUAUGUUGAUACUGAGGAAGAGGAGACUACAAUGAUUUCCAUGACAAUCAAUGAUCUCAUUUCUGCAAGGCUCAACCCGGAGGAGGCUUAUUCUGAAACUUACACUCACUGUGAAAUUCAUCCCUCAUUAAUAUUAGGUGUUUGUGCAUCUAUUAUCCCAUUCCCUGACCAUAACCAGUCUCCUCGUAAUACCUACCAAUCAGCUAUGGGAAAGCAAGCCAUGGGAAUUUAUGUCACCAAUUACCAGUUACGAAUGGAUACGUUAGCCUAUGUUCUGUACUAUCCUCAGAAGCCCCUUGUUACUACCCGUGCCAUGGAGCAUUUGCAUUUUAGGCAGCUGCCAGCUGGCAUAAAUGCCAUCGUUGCCAUUGCCUGCUACUCUGGGUAUAACCAAGAAGAUUCUGUUAUUAUGAACCAAUCAUCAAUUGAUCGUGGAUUCUUCCGGUCACUAUUCUUCCGGUCAUAUAGGGAUGAGGAGAAGAAGAUGGGGACACUGGUGAAGGAGGAUUUUGGGCGUCCAAAUCGGGAAAACACCAUGGGAAUGCGACAUGGGUCUUAUGAUAAAUUGGACGAUGAUGGUCUUGCACCUCCUGGCACAAGAGUCUCAGGUGAGGAUGUCAUUAUUGGCAAGACCACACCUAUUUCUCAAGAUGAUUCUCAGGGACAAGCUUCACGUUAUACACGGCGUGAUCAUAGCACAAGCUUACGUCACAGUGAAAGUGGCAUGGUAGAUCAGGUUCUGUUGACAACAAAUGCAGAUGGGUUAAGGUUUGUUAAAGUACGGAUGAGAUCAGUUAGAAUACCACAGAUUGGUGACAAAUUCAGUAGUAGACAUGGUCAGAAAGGAACUGUUGGCAUGACUUAUACUCAAGAAGAUAUGCCAUGGACUGUGGAAGGCAUCACCCCUGACAUCAUUGUCAACCCACAUGCUAUUCCUUCUCGAAUGACAAUUGGCCAGCUUAUUGAGUGCAUCAUGGGGAAGGUUGCUGCUCAUAUGGGGAAGGAGGGAGAUGCUACUCCUUUCACGGAUGUCACUGUGGACAAUAUCAGUAAAGCUCUCCACAAAUGUGGUUAUCAAAUGCGUGGUUUUGAGACAAUGUACAAUGGUCAUACAGGCCGACGAUUGACUGCUAUGAUAUUCCUGGGCCCUACUUACUACCAGAGGCUUAAGCACAUGGUGGAUGAUAAGAUCCACUCACGUGGGAGGGGUCCAGUACAAAUCCUUACUAGACAGCCUGCUGAGGGGCGAUCUCGUGAUGGUGGUCUCCGUUUUGGAGAAAUGGAACGUGACUGCAUGAUUGCUCAUGGAGCAGCCCACUUCCUCAAAGAAAGGUUGUUUGACCAAAGUGAUGCUUAUAGGGUUCAUGUCUGUGAGCGCUGUGGGUUGAUUGCCAUUGCAAAUCUCAAAAAGAACUCUUUUGAGUGCAGAGGUUGCAAGAAUAAAACCGACAUUGUUCAGGUGCACAUUCCAUAUGCUUGUAAGCUCCUCUUCCAAGAGCUCAUGGCCAUGGCCAUUGCCCCAAGGAUGCUUACAAAGGAAGUGAAGCCACCCAAAGAUCAAAAGAAAAAAGGAGCAUGAAAUAAUACAUUCUAGGGCUGUCUAAUUUGCUUGUGAAAAUUUCUGGUCAUUGAUGGAGUCGCGUCUUCUCUGGGGCUGAGGAUCAUGAGGAUAUAUUUUUCUAGUUCUUCCAAAAUGGAAGAGCUGACAAGUAGAGGAUUACAAUGGUAGUUUUAUCAUGUUACCAACUCAGUAUGUCGGAAAAUUAUAUGAUUGCUGCUGCUGCUGCUGCAAAGGACUGUUUCCUGUACACGUAGCUGCAGAACAGGCCUCAGAGGUGAGGGUUGCUAAGCAGAUAAAAAGCCAUUGCUUCCUGAAGAACGAAGAAA